AUGAGCUACGUGACAGAUUCUUUAGGUUGGAGUGAGAGAGUCAAAAUGGAGAAUGGUGCUUAGAGCAGUCAGCAAGAUUAUGAAUUGGGAAGAAGCAACCCUAAUCAUGUAAGCUACUACAGAGAUAUCAUGCAGAGAUCGCAACAGAAUUUCAAGAUUGUGAGUGAGAAUUAAGGACAAGCGCAAAAUAAUGUUCAAAAUAGUAGCGUAUCUCCAGUGAAAGCUAAUAAAAAUCUAGUUCGUGAUAACUCAUAAAGAUACUUCAAAAAUCAUAGCCCAAAACAUGCUUCAUAAAAUAAUUAUUUCAAAACUAUCAAUCAAGGAGGGGAAGAAUAAAACGAGCCUCAAGAAGUUUAGAAAUCAAGAACUAGACCUUAGUCCUCGUCAACUAAAGGAUCUUAUGUCAAAAGAGCAGUAUAGAGCAAGAAUCAAAUUUCUAGAAAACUGAGAUUCGGACAGAAAGUGUAGUAGGCUAAUAACUAAAACUUAUAAGCUUAGAAAGAUUAGAGAUUCAAUGAAGAUUUGCAAUCAGUCAAAUCUUUUAGAUCUAGAGAGAGCAAUUUCAAAAUAAAAACUAAUUUCCAUCCAGGGAGUCAUAGCAAUAAUAAUGUGAACAAUCUAAUGAGCCUUAAAUAAGCUAAUUAGUAAAGAAAAGGUUCUUAGUAAAGAAAUGAAAGUGCUAAUAACUAGUAAAGAUAUUUGAGAAAUAGCAGUCAAAUUCUAAGUAGAGGAGUUUAGAACCUGACUACAGAUAAUGCAUAAGCCCUUACUCAUAGAAAGCAAUACUAGAAUGCUAGUCAAAUUACACAUCCUGAUGAGAUAAAGCAAAAGAUUAUUGAAAAGGUGCAGUAAUUAGAUCAUGAAGAGUUAGAUAAACUAAGAGAAACUCUUAGAUUAGAUGAUGAGUAACAAUAGUAGCAGGAAAAUGACUAUAUGAUGAUGGGAGAUGGUCAAUUGCAAUUGUAGGAAAAUAUGAAUUUCUAUCCCUAGUAGGAUGAACUUACACCUCAUUAAAUGAAACAUCAGUACUAGUAAAACCAAGAUGAUAAUUUGAGUGUUUAUUCAAAGUUGACUAAGUCUUCGAUGAGAUCGAUAGGUGCCCAGAGCAUGAGAAGUUCAAGAACAUAUGCUUCAUAGCUAGAGCAAAAGUUGGAAAAAGAAAAAUAGGCAAGAAGGAGACUAGAGAAAGAAGUGGAAGAAUUAAAAAGAAUAAGUACAGCCAUUAGUUCAUAGAUGGGCUGGAGUAAAAAUCAGUGA